AACAGUUCUCAUUGACCUCUGUGCUCUAGGCUGGGUAGGUUUCCCUGGACCAGUGCUUUGGCUACUGGAACUUAUAGUGAGAGGGGCUUAUAGUGGCAGCAACAUGCUUGGGGAUCCACCAGACUAUCUCUGAAACAGGAGCUGAGUAAAAGAUGAUCCUGUUUGGUCUGGUGUCAGUUAGAGGGGGAGAGAAAGACUGCUGUAGAGUUCUGGAGGUCGAUUGAGGUCCUCUGGGAACUGAUCUGACGUCAUCAUGUGUUGUGGCAAAAAGAAAUUAUGUGAGAAAGAAAGGAGAGUAAAAGCCAAUGACCGUGAAUUCAAUGAAAAGUUCCAAUAUGCGAAUAACCGCAUCCAUACCUCUAAGUACAAUGUCCUCACCUUCUUGCCUAUUAAUUUAUUUGAACAAUUCCAACGGGUGGCCAAUGCCUAUUUCCUUUUCCUACUGAUUUUGCAGCUAAUUCCAGAAAUAUCUUCCUUGUCAUGGUUUACAACCAUUGUGCCUUUAGUCCUGGUGUUAGUUAUUACUGCUGUCAAAGAUGCCACCGAUGACUAUUUCCGUCAUAAGAGUGAUAACCAGGUGAAUAAUCGUCUUUCUGAAGUACUCAUCAAUGGCAGAUUGCAGAGUGAAAAAUGGAUGAAUGUGAUGGCAGGAGACAUCAUUAAACUAGAAAAUAACCAAUUUGUUGCUGCUGAUUUGCUCCUCUUAUCAAGCAGUGAACCACAUGGUCUCUGUUACAUUGAAACUGCUGAACUAGAUGGGGAGACCAACCUAAAAGUCCGCCAUGCAUUACCAGUUACUUCAGAACUUGGAGCAGAUAUUAGCAGGCUUGCAAAGUUCGAUGGGGUUGUUGCCUGUGAGCCUCCUAACAACAAAUUGGAUAAAUUCACAGGAGAUCUCUCUUGGAAAGAUAACAAGUACCCACUCAACAAUGAGAAGAUAAUUCUGAGAGGCUGUGUAUUGAGAAACACCAGCUGGUGCUUUGGGAUGGUUAUUUUUGCAGGUCCUGACACUAAACUAAUGCAGAACAGUGGUAGGACUAUAUUUAAAAGGACAAGUAUUGACCGACUAAUGAAUACUCUAGUAUUGUGGAUCUUUGGCUUUCUGGUAUGUAUGGGAAUUAUUCUCGCAAUAGGAAAUUCAAUCUGGGAGCAUCAAGUUGGGGAUCAUUUCCGAGCAUUCCUUUUCCGAGCUGAAGUAGUGAAGAAUUCCAUUUUCUCAGGAUUUCUUACAUUUUGGUCAUACAUUAUUAUUCUGAAUACUGUCGUGCCCAUUUCCUUAUAUGUGAGUGUGGAAGUUAUCCGACUGGGUCAUAGCCAUUUUAUAAACUGGGAUCGGAAGAUGUACUAUUCAAAAAAGGAGACACUUGCUGAGGCUCGGACAACUACACUCAAUGAAGAAUUGGGCCAGAUCGAAUAUGUUUUCUCCGACAAAACAGGCACUCUCACUCAAAACAUAAUGACUUUUAAUAAAUGUUCCAUUGAUGGAAGGAUCUAUGGUGAAGUAUAUGAUGACCUGGGCCGGAAGACAGAAAUAAAUGAGAAAACAAAACCUGUUGAUUUCUCCUUCAACCCUCAAGCAGAUAGCAAAUUCCAAUUCUAUGAUCAUAGCCUAAUUGAAUCCAUAAAGCUUGAAGACCCCAAAGUACAUGAGUUCUUUAGACUACUUGCACUCUGUCACACAGUGAUGCCUGAAGAGGACAAUGAAGGAAAAUUGAUUUAUCAAGUUCAGUCACCUGAUGAAGGAGCUCUAGUCACAGCAGCAAGAAAUUUUGGUUUUAUUUUUAAAUUCAGGACUCCAGAGACAAUAACAGUGGAAGAAAUGGGAAAAGUUAUUACCUACCAACUGCUUGCCUUUUUGGAUUUUAACAAUAUCAGGAAAAGGAUGUCUGUGAUAGUUCGAAACCCAGAAGGACAGAUAAAGCUUUAUUGUAAAGGAGCAGAUACUAUUCUGUUUGAAAAACUUCAUCCUUCCAAUGAAGAACUUAUGACACUGACAUCAGAUCAUCUCAGUGAAUUUGGAGGUGAAGGACUUCGGACCUUGGCCAUUGCAUACAGGGACCUAAAUGAAGAAUACUUUAAAGAAUGGUUUAAAUUACUGGAAGAGGCAAACAGGGCACUCGAUAAAAGAGAUGAGCAUAUUGCUGCAGCAUAUGAAGAGAUUGAAAGAGAUAUGAUGUUACUAGGUGCCACGGCGAUAGAAGACAAAUUACAAGAUGGUGUUAUUGAAACCAUUACUAGUUUAUCCCUUGCUAACAUUAAGAUCUGGGUCUUAACAGGAGACAAACAAGAAACUGCCAUGAACAUUGGUUACUCUUGUAACAUGCUGACAGAUGACAUGAAUGAGGUAUUUGUCAUAUCAGGAUGCACUGCAGCAGAAGUCCAGGAAGAACUCGAGAAAGCAAAAGAAAGAUUGUUUGGAAGAAGCACAGGUUUUGCCAAUGGCUAUGCAUUUUGUGAAAAACUACAGGAGCUAAAGCUGGGCUCAACUGUAGAGGAAACAGUAACUGGGGAUUAUGCAUUAAUCAUAAAUGGACAUAGUUUGGGUUAUGCACUUGAAGCCAAUCUAGAGAAUAAAUUCCUAGAAAUUGCCUGCAUUUGUAAGACUGUGAUUUGCUGUAGAGUUACUCCUCUUCAGAAAGCCCAAGUGGUGGAGUUGGUUAAGAAGAAAAGAAAGGCAGUCACUUUGGCAAUUGGAGAUGGAGCCAAUGACAUCAGCAUGAUAAAAAGUGCACACAUAGGAGUUGGCAUCAGUGGUCAAGAAGGAAUGCAAGCAGUUUUAGCCAGUGACUAUUCCUUUGCACAAUUUAGAUACCUCCAGCGACUUCUCCUGGUUCAUGGAAGGUGGUCCUAUUUCCGUAUGUGCAAGUUUCUGUGCUAUUUCUUCUACAAGAAUUUUGCCUUCACACUUGUGCACUUCUGGUUUGGAUUCUUUUGUGGUUUCUCAGCACAGACCGUUUAUGAUCAGUGGUUCAUCACCCUUUUCAAUAUUGUUUAUACAUCACUGCCUAUAUUAGCUAUGGGGAUUUUUGACCAGGAUGUGAAUGAGCAGAAUAGCAUGGACUACCCCAACCUCUAUGGACCUGGCCAAUUGAAUCUACUUUUCAAUAAGCGUAAAUUUUUCAUCUGCAUUGCACAUGGAGUGUACACAUCCUUCACUCUUUUCUUCAUCCCGUAUGGUGUAUUUUAUGAUGUAGCUGGUGAAGAUGGGAAGCAUAUUGCUGACUACCAGUCCUUUGCUGUCACCAUUGCUACGUCUCUAGUCAUUGUUGUUAGUGUACAGAUUGCCCUGGAUACAAGUUACUGGACAUUUAUUAAUCAUGUUUUCAUCUGGGGCAGCAUUGCUGUAUACUUCUCCAUUCUCUUUACAAUGCACAGUGAUGGCAUCUUUGAUAUAUUCCCAAAUCAGUUUCCAUUUGUAGGAAAUGCACGCCAUUGCUUGACCCAGAAAAGUAUUUGGUUGGUUAUUCUUUUGACAACUGUGGUUUCAGUCAUGCCUGUUAUAACAUUCAGAUUUUUGAAGGUGGAUUUACAUCCAACUCUGAGUGAUCAGAUACGCCAGUUGCAGAGGGCUCAAGACAAGGCAAGUCCCCUAAAGAGUCACAAACAUCAACCCCGGAGAACCAGCUCACGUAGAUCUGGAUAUGCAUUUGCUCACCAAGAGGGCUAUGGAGAACUUAUCACAUCUGGAAAAAAUAUGCGAGUGAAAAAUCUACACCCGACAUCAGGGUUGGGAAAGACGAUGUAUAAUAGCACUAGCUGGAUUGAAAAUUUAUGUAAGAAAACCACAGACACAGUGAACAGCUUUAGCCUGGAUAGAACAGUGAAACUCUGAGUCAAGAUGAAUUUGAACUAAAUAGUUUAUCUUUUAAAACUUCAGCCUGGCUGAAAAUUGACUGGCCUCCAGGGGUUGGGAUUGGGGAAUGAUGGUGGGGCAGAUUGCCUCAUUUCAUUUUGGUCAGAUGUCUGCCUUAGAAGCAGAGCCAGAAGGGGCAUGUUUCAUUGGAAAACAUGGGCCAGAUGGGGACAGUAUGCUUCUCUUUAUUCAGUGGAAGAAACACUAGCAAUGUAAACACACACACAUAUACAUCAUAUCAUUCCAGAUAACAGUUGCUCUUUGAUUUUAGGAUCUCAUUUUGGAAGAUAAGAUGAUGAAUUGAUUUUCUAUGCAGAUUAAGUAGUCUUUCAGAAAGAUGGAAACACUCUGGGUUUACAACAUAAUUAAAAUCAUUUAAAAGGACAAAUAAGCCCAUACACAUAAGAGUUCUAGGAUACAGCUUUCAUUUUCCAAAUCUCUACAAAUUUUAACUCAGAUAUGUUGCUAGUCUGUCACGCUCUCAUUCUUUUGCUUGUUAAUCUAGCACUAUUAGCCAUUCACAUGAGAAUACCGCCAACAAAAAAGAAUACUCAUCUCAACCACUCUACUAACUAUACUACCAAGGGGAAGGCAGGUUGGUAAGAAAUCUGUAUAGGUUAGUCAUUUGUCUAAAAGGUUGUCAAACUGAAUCAUUUUAGAGUCGUGUCCAAGAAAUAUUGGAAUCUCCCUAAAUAUAUAUUCCUGGGGGAGUUAGGUGGCACAGUAGAUAGAAUGGCAGGCCUGGAAUAAGGAAAACUCAUCUCUGUGAGUUUAGAUCUGGCCUCACUAGCUGUGUGACCCUGGGCAAGUCACGUAGCCCUGUUUGUCUUAGUUUCCUCUUCUGUCAAAUGAGCUGGAGAAGGAAAUGGUGUAUCUUUGCACUCCGAUAUCUUUGCCAAGAAAACCCCAAAUAGGAUCAUAAACUGAUGACUGAACACUGACCAAACGUAUGUACUCUGUAUUGUUUUUGCUAGCAUCUGUAAUAGAGACAACUUUGUUAAAUCAUCAAAGAAGCAUUAAGUAUCUUUCCAAGUCAUUCCUCCCUCAUAUUGUAGACAGUUUUUCAUAUAGCGCAUCUCCAACUAUUUUUAGCAAUUUUAGUCCUAAAGAUUUGAACCUGUUAUUUUAUCAUGUGAUUAUCUGAAACAUUCAUUUAGGUACUCAUAUUUUGAUCGUUUAAGGGAAUUGUGAGGGUUUGUUUGGUUUUUUUUUAAUGCUUUUAGUACUUGUAUAAUUUCAUCCUUUAGUACUAUGAUCUUACCAGUUACUCUUUCCGCUAAUCCAAUUCAUCAUGCCUCCACAUUCAUAGCUUGUAGACCUAGAACUAUAAGGGACCUCUGAGGAUAUCUAGUCCAACCCUCUCAUUUCCAGAAGAGGAACUGAGAGGCACAGGGAACCUAACUGACUUGGCUAAAGCAAUAUGGGUAGUAAAUGUUAGGAAUGGAGGUUGCAGCCAGAUCCUCUGAUUUCAGAGUCAUUGCUCUUUCUACUGCAAUUUGUGUUGUUGUUACUCUCACUUGUGAUGUUUACAAUCAAGUAUAGCUCCUUUUGGGGAUGGUGGUUCUUUAGUUGUCUCUUCAACUGAGAAGUGUCCACCUGUAAGCAAGAGUGCCUAGAUCGGCCAGAAGUGGACUAGUGGACGAUAUCUUCUGUCCCUAACUUUACCAUGCCAGUAUUAAGGUGGAACGGUUUCUUUUCUUUUGUAAUGUUUUUGAAAGACUUAAAAACAUUCAGUAAAAGUUCGGCAUGUGGGGCAACUAGGUGGUGCAGUGGAUACAGCACCAGCCCUGGAUUCAGGAGUACCUAAGUUCAAAUCUGGCCUCAGACCCUUGACAUUUACUAGCUGUGUGACCCUGGGCAAGUCACUUAACCCCAAUUGCCUCACCCCUCCCCCCCCCCCAAAAAAAGUUCGGCAUGUUUGGUCUUGGUCUCUUCUUUAUUGGGAAGAAAACUGGGGACACUUUGUUGCUUUGGUAAAUGUUUUAAAAUUAUUUUUGUUGGGGCAUUUUGGUAUUUUUUUUUCUCAUAAGUGCCUUGGGGGAUGCUUAUAAUUGUCCUGGUCAGAUUCAAUAAUAAAAUGAACUCUUUGGACUUUGGCAUGUGUGAGAUGGAGAAGGUCAGGAAAAGUCCAACCUUGUUAAGUUUGGGUAAAGGUAAGGCUGUUUAUAAACUGAUACUGUCAGUGAGUGAGUGUGAGAGAGAAACACAUGAUCAGUUUACAACAGCCUCAGUGUUCCAGAGGGCUCAUACAAGAAAGUUACUUUCACAUGAGGAAACUUGAUUUAUUCUUGAAUCUGAUACUGAGAAGGUUAUGAGGGAUUUUAACCCAUGACAUUCUAUUUUUAUUCAAACUUUACUAGACUUUGCAAAGAGAAACCUCUUCCCAAACCAGAGCUCACACAGGAAACCUUAAGAGUUUGAAGCCUCUAACAAAGCUCUGGAUUACCAAGCACAGCUAUCAAUUAAAUUUCCCUAAAUUACAUGUGUUCCUCCUGCUUCUCCUGCCUAUGCAUAGGCACCCAUUUUUUAAAAACAAACUUAGUUACCAAAGAUAUAACCAUGGAAAAGGAGAAGGAAGAGACUAAUUUUCACUUGGCCACAUUUCUUGUUUGGAAAUAAAUGCAAGUUCAGAAAGAUUUUGUGUUUAAGUAAGGCUUGUCUGGUUAUUUUUAAUAUGUAUGUCCCUAUUUACAAAUGGGCAUUUUGGGGGAACAUGGGUUAAAUAUAUAUAUAUAUAUAUAUAUAUAUAUAUAUAUAUACUGUCUUCAUAAAGUCCUUGUACAUUUUAAAAUUUUAAUCACUGAGGUUGAAGAUAAGACAGAAGCAAUAGCAAAUAGCAUUUAAAAAUGUAGUCAUUCACUUACUAGCUGUGUGACCCUGGUCAAGUCACUUAACCCUCAUUGCCCUGCAAAAAAAAAAAAUUAGUCAUUGAAGUUUAGAGCUACCUUACACAACUACAUACAAUGCAUUUUUAGUUCUGUUGUGACAUGAAAACAGAGAAAGUAAAUAGUGUCCUAGCCAGUGAACAGCUGGGAUAAUGAUCUAAUAUUCAUUACCAGGAAGAAAGACAACAGGAGAAAUUAAAAUUCUUGAUACAUAAAAGCCCAAACUGAAAGUUGAAAAGCUGUUCAAGGACUUUAUGAAGACUAUAUUUAUAUAUCCAUAACUAUAUAGCUAGGUUGUGCAGGUGGCUAGAACGCAGGGCCUUGAGUCAGGAAGACUCUUGUUGGUGAAUUCAAAUCUGGCUUCAGACACUUAGUAGAUGUGUGACCCUGCACAAGUCACUUAUUCCUGUUUGCCUCUGUUUCUUCAUGUGUAAAAUGGGCUGGAGAAGGAAAUGGCAAACCAGUCCAGUAUCUCUGCCAAGGAAUUCCCAAAUGGGAUCACAAAGAAUUGAACCCGACUGAAACAAGAACAUCGAAAUACAUUGAAGCAUACACAUAUACUUUAGAUUUUCUAUAGAAUACAUUCUAUAAUAAUAUCUUUAUAGGUAAAACAACAUUAUCAUAAAGCCCAAUGGACACUUCAUUAGACACCUUGAAAUACAGUUGAAGAUGGACUAGACUUAAACCAUAUUUCACUCGAUUUGGUUCAGACCUGGGAUUUCUUUGGUGUAGGAAACUCCCAAUGAGGAAAUACUAAUGCAAAUCAGCAAUUGUAGGGUAAUUAAUAGUUGUAAAGAGUUGUCUGAUUUAACUUAACCACUAAGUGGUUACAGCACUUGCCCAGAGUCACCUAGUCAGUAUAUAUCAGAGAAAAGAUUAGAACCCAGUCUUAUUGAUUUUAAGUCUAGUUUCCUCUCCACUCUUCCCCACUGACUAUUUACUAGCAAAGAUAUUCAGAAAUGAAGCUUUGGUCUCUUUCCUUUACUGACUUAAUCAGAAAAAAAAAGUAAUUCAGAAAAGGAAAUACAGUACUGGGUAGUGUAGACUGUAGAUGAAUAAUCAAUUCCUUCAAGGAUUCAUCAUGAAAUCAAAGAAACUUACUGUCUGGGGCAGUUAGGUGGUGCAGUGAGUAGAGCACUGGUCCUGGAUUCAGGAGGACCUGAGUUCAAAUCCAACCUCAGACCCUUGACACUUACUAGCUGUGUGACCCUGGGCAAGUCACUUAACCCCAGUUGUCUCACCAAAAAGAAAAAGAAAGAAAGAAAGAAAAGAAAGGAAGGAAAGAAGGAAGAGAAAGAAAAGAAACUUACUGUCAAGAAGACUGUGCUACUUAGUCAGGAGACCUGGGUCCUAGUUCAGAAUCUACCAUUGACUAGCUGUCCAACUCUGGUAAGUCAACUUUGCCUCUCAGCUUUCUUAUCUUUAGACUGAGGGUGGUUGAACCAAAUCGUCUCUAAGUCCCUUCUGGGACCACAUUCUCUGAUUUUGCUCAGUUGCCAUCUUUCCUUCCUACUUGCUCAUACUUGGUCUCUUGGUCUUUCAAGCUUCUCAUUUUGUAACUGAAAUUGGACUGAAGAUUGGAUGCUCCUCUGUAGCUGGCUGCACAUUACCUAUAUAGUACCUAGGACAGUGCUGAGCACUGUUGAAUGAAUGAGGAAGCAUGUCCAUAAAAUAGAGAACUGCCAUCCUACUCCUUAUAUUGUUAAGCUAUGACAUUCUGUUAAAAUCCUUUUGAGGGGGCAAGCUAGGUGGCACAUUGGAUAAAGCAUUGACCCUGGAUUCAGGAGGACCUGAGUUCAAAGCCAGCUUCAGACACUUGACACUUACUAGCUGUGUGACCCUGGGCAAGUCACUUAACCCUCAUUGUCCCACCAAAAAAGCUACUUUUGAGAAUGAGAUGGUAGAGGGGGCAGGAGGAGUGCAUGAAUUAGAACACAUUGCAUUGAAAAUUGGUCUUUUCCACAGGUAGCAUUCAGAAGAGGGCACAGGACAAAUAGCAGAUGUGGAAGGAGGGUGGCCAAUGCAACAUAAAUAAUAAUAACAAUGAGUUAAUUUUUACAUAGCACUUAUUAUGUACCAGACACUGUGCUAAGCAAUUUACAAUUAUCUCAUUUAAUUCUCACAACAACCCUUGGC